GUAGAAAACAAGAUUUUAGUUUUUCACCACCAAUCUCGGCUACAAAGGCGGAUGGAAGUGAUAUUUGCCCCCACUUUGGCUGUCCCCACCCUUUUAUAGCUGUGAUUGCCUCGUGACUGCAUUUAUGCUGCAUGUGUAUCACGCCUACAAUUCUUGAUCAUUGAGUUCUUGCACCCUAUGAAUCAUUCAUUACACUCCCUUUUGAUUGAUCUCACCACGGCUAUUGUAUCCGUAUUUUGCGUGAAUCGACUUAAUGCCUUCCUCUGCGGUUGUGUGAGGACUAGUGUUGCAGGUUGUGGUAGGAAGCAUUUAAGGAGCUGAAGCCUAUUUUCCGUUCACUACAUUGAUUUUACUCUGUUCCCACUGGUUGAGAAUAUGCAGACCCCUAAAGCAAGAAGUAGUCCAUCAGGCGCACCUCAGAAGAGCUCUCCUCGAUCUAUAUCCUCAGAGGCGUCUCUCAAAAGCUCGUCCCCUCAAGCUUCAUCCACAGAAGCUCCCCAAAAGGUCUCUCCAAGAGUGGUGCGUCAGCUUAAGACAGGGCCACGUUUCUUAGACCCCACCGCAUCUUCAUCAAACCAAGCAAACCGAGCUUCAAAAGAGAGAAGUCCUAAAGUAACUGAUCACAAAUCCCCUAGAAGCCCGCUUUCUGAGAAGAAACGGCCUAGCAAAAUACCUGAGCUUGAGAGCCAGAUAUCUCAGCUUGAGCAUGAUCUGAAAGUUGUCAAGGAUCAAUUAAUUUCUACGGAAGCACAGAAGAAGCAAGCUCAGACAGAUGCUGAGGAGUCUAACCAGCAGCUCUCGGCCUUAUCUUUGAAGCUCGAAGAGUUGCAGAAACACCUCUCUGAGCAGCCAUCUUCGGAGGAAGUUGUGUCUGAGGAACAAAAAUUGGGCUCACAAUCUGAACUCGAGGCUCUCAAGAAGCAGGGCUCUCUUGACUCGGCUGCAUUGGCUUCUGCAUUUGAUGAGAUCAAGCAGCUUAAGGUUCAGCUUGAGAUGGUAGCUGAGUUCAAGGCACCUCAACCUAAGCACUCGGAAUCUGAGCAAAACGACCUUACUAAAUUGAAGGAGAACUUGUCUGAGACGCUCUUGAUUGUGGAAGAAAUGAAACAACAGGUAAUGUGUAGCAAAGAAUCCGAAGCUCAGGCUCAGGCGCUCGUUAGAGAGACUCUGGUGCAACUUGAAACGGCCAAGAAGAUGGUGGAGACGCUUAGAUCAGAUGGACUAAAGACCACCGAGGAGUAUACUGCCAUUGCUUCUGAGCUGGAGCAGUCGAGAGCUCGUGUUAGUUUCUUGGAAGACCUUGUGAGCAAACUCCAGGCUGACAUUGGUAGUGAUGGCAAAAGAGACUCCCAAGGUGAAAUAGAAGUUAGUUCUUUGAGACUCGAAAUUGAGCAACUGAGGUCGGUUUUAGAAGCCGGUGAGAUAAGAUACAACGAGGAACGAAGUCGUAAUGCAGAGCAGAUGCAGGACGCUAUGGAAAAGGUGGAAAAGUUCAAAUCUGCAUCGAGCCAGAGAGAAGCGGAGCUGGAGGUGGAAUUCCGGAGAUCCAAAUACGAGAUUGAGGAGCUCAAGGCAAACCUGAUGGACAAGGAGACUGAACUGCAAGGUAUAGUUGAAGAGAACGAGGGACUCACAGUGAGGCUCGAGAACUCUGUGUCGGGGCAGAGGGAGAGCGAGCUGGAGAAGAAGUUCCAAGCCGAGAUAGAAACUCUGAAGGCCAGCCUGGCACAGAAGGAGGCAGAGUGGCAAAGCACGUCGAAGGAGAAUGAAAUUCUCAAGGAAAUGGCAAAGAAUGGCAGAACGAGCGAGGAAAUCGAGAGUGAGGCGGUCAUGAAGGUGAGCUACAUGGCAGAGGAGAUAGAGAAGAGCAACAAGAAAGCGGUGAGAGUGGGGGAGCAGCUGGAGGCAGCGCAAGCAACGAAUGCAGAGAUGGAAGGUGAGCUGAGGAGGCUGAAAGUGCAGUCGGAUCAAUGGAGGAAGGCUGCAGAGGCUGCUGCUGCAAUGCUGUCGGCAGGGAACAACAACGGGCAGAUGAUGGAGAGGACGGGGUCGAUGGAUGGUCAUUACAGCCCUAUGACAGGGAAGGUAAGCUCGCCUUAUGCGGAUGAUCUUGAUGAGGAGUUGAUGAAGAAGAAAAAUGGUAACAAGCUGAGGAAGUUUGGGGUGUUGUGGAAGAAGCCACAAAAAUAGGAGACCAUUCAUUUCAGCAUUGGUUUUCUUCACUGCUUGAACCAUAUUAUGUGGAGUAUUACUCUGAGUAACCAAGACAACCAUUUAUUUAUGUUACAUACUUCUAUCUUCACUCAGAAGGAGCUGUAAAAUCUCUGUCUGUUUCCCCAUGAAGAUACAAAUAUCUACGGUAGCUUCUCUAACUCUCUUCAGUUGUUCCAUAUAGUUCUGUGUUUGGUAUAACCUUUUCAAUUGUUCUGUGAAUGGUACUAUCCAUCUAAUUUUGAAGUUCAAUUGUAGUA